GUGGACACUCAGAAAAAAUCAAGAAAAACUGUAGUUUCCCUGAGCAUCUCAACAGACAAUCACAAGCACCUGAACUGCCUCCAUCAGCCGAGCCACACAGAUCUCUGUGCCAUGUUUACCUGGCUGGGGGACUAACCAGGUAGCUACAGGUUCUGAACAAGUGCAGCUUUCACAGAGAUCCUCUGAAGAGGUUAAGAAGACGCCAUCGUAACUGUUCAUCUCUGCUGAGCCGGAGUGAGGUUUAAAAUGCAUCCUGCCUUGCAUCUUUACCCGUGAAAAUAAAUAAACACACCCACCCAUGUGCAUGCAGAUGUUUUUAAAUCAAGCUGUUGCAAAUCUGAAGCUUACCCGUCUGUGGAGAAAGAGACAGAAGAAAAAGACGGUCAGCAGUUCUUAGUCUAUACCUGGCGAGCAUAUACGUGGUGACGUGAUGGAUGGAAAAGUCCAACUACCUGAGAGAGAAGUAGUGCUGUAGAGGACCUCCUUCACCUUUUUGUGAGCUGCAGCAGGACAUGCAGCAGGGCAGCCACAACAAGGGGACCUGCUGUCUCGUCCCCUCCCGCUGAGACUCAGCCCCACUGGUUACAGUUGGACACAACAGUUCCACCAGAUUUCUGAAGAAUGGGACCCCAGCAACAUUCUGUGCAUCUGUGUUGUGGCAGCUUCCCAGUCACUGUACUACUGCAGGUUAUCAAAUGCAAAGCAGCAGUAUUGUGGGAAGCCAAUAAACCAUUUUCUAUUGAGGAAGUGGAAGUUGCCCCACCAAAAGCACAUGAAGUUCGCAUAAAGAUUGUGGCUACAGGGAUCUGUCGCUCUGAUGACCAUGUGAUAACUGGUGCACUGGUUAUGCCUUUUCCAAUAAUUCUUGGGCAUGAAGCAGCUGGUAUUGUGGAGAGUGUUGGCCAAGGAGUAACUUCAAUGAAACCAGGAGACAAGGUUAUUCCACUCUUUGUUCCACAGUGUGGGGAGUGCAGCAGUUGCUUAAGCACCAAGGGUAACCUGUGCAGUAAAAAUGACAUUGGUUCAGCUGCUGGAUUAAUGCCUGAUGGCACCACCAGAUUCACCUGUAAGGGAAAAGCAAUUCACCAUUUUAUUGGUACAAGUACCUUCACUGAAUACACAGUAGUGCAUGAAUCCUCUGUAGCCAAAAUUGAUUCUGCUGCUCCUCUGGAAAAAGUUUGUCUAAUUGGCUGUGGAUUUUCAACUGGUUAUGGGGCUGCUGUGCAGACUGCCAAGGUGGAACCAGGCUCCACCUGUGCCAUCUUUGGCCUGGGAGGAGUUGGCCUCUCCGUUGUCAUGGGCUGCAAGGCAGCUGGAGCUUCCCGCAUCAUCGCCGUCGAUAUCAACAGCGACAAGUUUGCCAAGGCCAAGGAGCUGGGAGCCACAGACUGCGUCAACCCCAAAGACUUCCAGAAGCCCAUUCACGAGGUGUUGAUCGGAAUGACCGGCCAUGGCGUGGACUACUCCUUUGAGGUCAUCGGCCGCACCGAAACUAUGAUUGCAGCCUUGGCCUGUUGCCAAUACAACUACGGCGUCAGCGUGAUAGUGGGAGUGCCCCCAGCAGCACAAAAGAUCACUUUCGACCCCAUGCUCCUCUUCACUGGUCGCAGCUGGAAAGGGUCCGUCUUUGGAGGCUGGAAGAGUAAAGAUUCAGUCCCUAAACUGGUUUCUGACUACAUGAAGAAGAAAUUUGUACUGGAUCCAUUAAUAACCCACACACUUCCUUUCACUAAAAUCAAUGAAGGAUUUGAUCUGCUAAGGACAGGGAAGAGCAUUCGCAGUGUCCUGGUGUUUUAGGAUUCCCAGUCGUUAAGCAGCAGAUGGGUCAGCACCUGUACAAAUUACAGUAUCCUCCAACACAACUGAUAUGAAAUAAAACCCAAGACUUUUCUGAAAGGUCUGCCACCACCGCCCGUGAAUAAAAGGAUCAAGCUCAAACCCCAGACUUCAAGCACAGCAUCUAUAAAUGAAAUAAUCUUUUUCCUCCUACCUCUUUCUCCACCUAAUUCUUGCUUUAAAUCCUCUGUAUUGUGCUGCAAUUUUAUUUUAAUAGCCAGUUAUGAAUUAAGGGACUUGCUGCUAUCACAGCUGUUAUGAAAGGCUUGGAAUUUUUUAAAAUGGCUUUUAAUAUGCAAUCCUUUAAUGAAAGAAAAAUGAAGGAAAUGGUUUCUUUGGGCUUUCAUAAUACUGCAAGCUUAAUAGAUUUGUGCACGCAGCUCAGCACAGUAAAACUCUAGGUCAGAACUAUGUAUCCAUCCUGAACGAUUUUAGCAUUCCAUUACCUGAGAGGCAGCAAAAUUACUCCUUAUUCCAUUACCUGAUGUGCAAAGAAAUUACUGCAGACAUUAAAAUUUAUAUAGUGACUAUGUGUUUGUAUUAAUAAUUUCAGUAGAUGAUAUUUAAGUAAAUCAUAGACUUAGGUACUACAGAAUGUCUCACCACUGGAUAUUUUACCAAAUCAACACUUCAAGCACUUUAUAUAAUAAACUGCUGUGGUAGUGUUCUGUGUUGCA